AUGUCUAGGAGUAUCUCGAGUGUUGUGCUCAGGAACUGUAGUCGACUAAUCUCUACCAAAGCGGAGGGAUCAAAUGUCCUCUGGUUUUACGCUACUGAUAUUCCUCUGAGGAAACCUUUCGAUGCCAAGUAUUCCGCUGGUGACAAAGAACCAAGCAAGUUUAUUCCGUUCUCAAGAGAUGACUCUACUAGACUGGAACGAAUGUUCCAAUUGGCUAGUUCUAGGAGUGACCACGAAAUCUCCAAGUUUCAAGCUGUUCCUGUGAAUGAAGACUACUUAUUUGAAGUUGACCUUACCAAACGAGAGAUGAAGCCGGCCUACUGGGAGGGACCUACUUACCAAGUACGACGUGGACUUUGGUUCAAUUCUGAGCGUCUUCCCAUUCGAGAGGACCUGGCUUCAGAGCUGGAGAAACACCGUCAAGAGCUUCUGGCAGACAAGAAUAAUCAGGUACAAUGCCAGGACUCCCACAAACAAGAGGGAUGCAGAGACGUAUUUAAGCUGUCCAAAAACCAUAAAGAGGGCAACAUGGUUUUAUACGCAGACCAACACACGGCGUUUAUUUUGCCCGAGCUUUACGGCGGCAAGCUGCAGCUAAACUGGUUGAGAAGCAACUUGGCUCAGGCUGUCCAGUUUGGAGCAUACAAAGUAGUCAGAGGAACCAACACAGAGUGCUCCUUUACAGACGUCGUGAAGCACCAUGUCCAAGCCGAGGUUCAGGACACUACCAAGAGCCUGGGUAAAGUAUCUGACCUCAUCAACUGGCAGCUCUUAGAUCUACUGACGGGACUCAAUCCAUUGAGCUCUUCUAAAGAUGUCGACAAUAAAGUCAUGGAGCAAGAAGUGGAAAGCGACUAUUCAAGAGACACUUCAGCUGGAAAAUCGAGGCGUUCCAACCACAGAGACGUGGACCAUCUGGUGUUUUGCAUUCACGGAAUUGGUCAAAACUUGGGCAAGAAGUACCAGUACGUGAAUUUCGUGCACACGGUCAACGUCCUUCGAGCCAACCUGAAAAAGAUGUAUGUCAACAGCGAUUCACUGAAGGAAAACAACAAGAAAAAGGGCCACGCAGACUGGGAAGAAAACUGUCGCGCUCAGGUAAUACCCAUUACCUGGAGGCACAAAAUAGGGUUCAAUACCGAUGAUUUGCAGGUCAACUCCGAAGAUCCCACGCUGCCGACGCUCAGCGACAUCACCGUGGAUGGCGUGAGGCCGCUGCGCAAAAUCCUGGGCGACGUGGUCCUGGAUCUUUUGCUGUAUGGGGAACCACAUUAUAAGCAUCGUAUCAUGCAGGAAGUGGCAGGACAGCUCAAUCACUUGCACAGUCUGUAUCGGGCGCGGAAUCCCAAUUUCGACGGCAAAGUGCACAUCUUGGGCCACUCGCUCGGGAGCCUGUUGAUCUUCGACAUUCUGUCGAACCAGGACAGAUAUCCUUUGGAUUUUGAAGUGGAGAACUUCUUUUCUGUGGGCUCUCCCACGGGUGUUUUCAAGCUGAUCCAAAAAACGAAGCUGGGCCAUCACAAAUCACUUUCUACUGCAACUAAAGACGAACGGCCCCAGUGUCGAAAUCUAUUCAACAUAUUUCACGUUUGCGACCCUGUCGCUUUCAGACUUGAACCUUUGGUCGACAAGUCUUUUGCCAAAUUGCAACCUGCAUACGUGCCCCACUGGUCAAGCAAUGAUUUUACAUCUAAACUAGUCGAGCUUGGGGGUUCGUUGAUUACCAACGAUUUCAAGAAAGACGCCUCUACAGUGACGAUGACAGACCGAAACAUCAAAUUACUGAAUGAAUUAAACUAUUCUGGCAGAAUCGACUACGCAUUCCAACCGAAUUUUCUCGAAGUUGAUUUGAUAUCUGCAAUUAAAGCACAUGUCAGUUAUUUCGAGGAGAUGGACCUGGCAGCAUUCGUGCUCAAACAAGUACUAGCCAAGCAUCGCAAGGUCGACACUGGAGUCCUGGCCAAGAAGCGAGGCGAGGUCGUGGACAAUGACUGA